AUGAUAGUAAUUAAACCUUAUUCACAUUUUCAAACAUUGAUUGACUACAAUCCUUUCUUAUGCCUUAACAUCAAUAUGCUUCACAAUUUUCAUAGAUUACACUGCCUAAUUGUCCUUCUUAGUAUCAUUUUUGAAUUGAAUCCGAUUUCUACGAAAUCUUCAGUAAAAAAUAGAACUAAGCAUACAUGGAUUAAAACAAAACACGAUUUAUUAAUCACCUUAUCAAAAUGGCCGAAAACACUCACAAAGACACUGGAAUUACAUGUUAGCAAUUCAAAUUUUAAAGAUAUUCAGCAAGUUUUCAAUUUAUGCGCCAAUGAUAAACAUGCCUUGCCAACGCCUAUUGAACACAGUGAUUUUAUUUUUAAUCAACCAAAUUUUUGCGUGAAACAUACAAAUCUAUGGAUAUUAAUUGUUGUUCAUACACAUCCAAGUAAUAAGCAUAAAAGAGAUUUAAUACGUGGGACAUGGGGAUCAUUAAAUCGUGUGAAUAAUCGAAAAAUUGGUGUCCUAUUCUUUAUGGGUUUAUCAAAUAAUCGUGAAGAACAGAAAGUGAUUGAAGAAGAAGAACGAAUGCAUAAUGACAUUGUUCAACGUGCAUUUCUUGAACACUAUCACAAUAUGACACGUAAACAUCUAACAAUAAUGGAGUGGAUUAGUACAGGUUAUUGUAAUAAAGUACCCUAUUUAGUCAAAGUAGAUGAUGACACCUUCAUUGAUAUAUUUCAUUUAACCAGUUAUUUAGAAAAUAAACAACCACAGUUGAAUAACUCAUUCUAUUGUUCUGCUACAGCUAAUGUUAAAGUGAAACGACCAAAUCUUAUGAAAAAUUCCAAGUGGGAAAUAACAAAUAAAGAAUUCUCUGAUAGUGUAUUCCCCACUUAUUGUGAAGGUUUCGGUUAUGUUAUGGAUAUGAAAUUGGCUCCAUAUUUAUACUGGUGUUCAAUGUUUCAAUCACCGAUAUGGAUUGAUGAUGUCUAUGUGACUGGUAUACUCGCAGAAAUCUUGGGCAUACAAAGAAUACCAUUUCAAAAUGGACAUGGUUAUGCUAAUUUAAAGCCAGGUCGAGAAGAAGGUUCACUGGCUGAUUCAAUUUUUCUGUUGUCGUUAUACAAUGAGUUUUAUCCGUUGACAUUCCAUGAGAUGUGGCGUGAAUCUGUUAUGUAUAGUAUGCAAAUUGAUUAG